AUGAUCUUACUCGAAUACGUCGCAUUGCCUGAACGAUCUCGGUACGGCUUGUUGGUCUGGAUGUGGUCAAUUGAAAUUAUGACCGCAUUAAUCUGCAAUCGUAGCGAAAUACUUCAACCAGCAUAUCCUAUAACUGAAGAAUUCCCUGAUCGACAUUCAAUCCCGCACAAUCAACAAAAAAAAGUGGAAAAAAGAAUAUAUGUCAGUAUAAUGAACCUAGUACCUUACUGA